CUUGUGUAGACGUCACAGCAUCUCUCAUCAGCUUCCUGGGACCAUCCGCCAUCCCGUUAAUGACCGGGAGCCCUGGAAAUACAUCGACCUCCGUUAUCUCGCAGCUAUGGCCGACGUUCCAGCGAUAAUAAACAUCGCAAUUUCUUUGAAAAUCCAACCCAAUGACGGACCCGUGUUUUAUAAAGUGGACGGGACGAGGUUCGGCCAGAGCAGGACAAUCAAAUUGCUAACAGGAUCGAAAUACAAAAUCGAGGUGAUCGUGAAACCCGGUAGCGCGGAGGCCGCCACAAUGGGAAUCGGCGGAAAGAGCUUUCCAUUGGAGCAGCAGUCCAAAGAUGAAGAACAGAUCGUCUACAAUGGCUCCUAUGACACUGAAGGAGUGCCACACACCAAGAGCGGGGACAGACAACCUGUGCAGGUCUUCAUAGAGUUCAAAGAUGCCGGCAUGUUUGAAACCGUGUGGCAAGUGAAAUACUACAACUACUACAAGAGAGAACACUGCCAGUUCGGCAACAGCUUCAAUUGCAUCGAUUACGAGGCCAAGCCCAACGAGACCCGCAGCCUCAUGUGGAUAAACAAAGAGGUUUUCCAAUAAAACACGAGUGGAGUGGCAGCAGCAAACCUGCACAAUAUGUCCUAUAACCAACACGGGGCCGCAGUGUGCGAGAUAAAUGUAGUGCUCAAGUGAAAGAAGAUGUGACUAUUAAAGGCUCAAAACAAGUGAUCCAUCAGGGAAUCUGUUCAUCAGUCAAGCACUGCAUCUAUUUGUUGUACCACUGGUCAUGCAUGAUGUGAACAUUUCAGUCUGAACAGAAUUUCUCCUUAUUUAUGUCUCCUCCUCUUUAUCAUGCCUAAGCUGGUGAAAUAAGAUGGUGAUAGUCUCCAUGGGAAGGGGUUUUAAAUGAGACUUGCACAGCACAUAUCCGCUCUAUUAUGGUUACAAAUACACCAAGACGAUCUUUCAACAAGACUCAGAUGAGAAAACUGCACUGCAGGCCUGUAUUUAACCCAGUGGUUUGCUGUUGUAGAGACGGGGCGGUGCUCUAAAAUGCUUGCUCAAAAAGGUGCUGUAUGAACAUACACAGGAUAUACAUGAUACUCUUUAUUAGUAUGUAUAAUAUAAUAUUAUAUAAGUGAAGACCUGUUGUUUAAUAUUGUGGACUUUUGAGACCAGCGUAAAACAAUUAUAUUUGACAGACAUGUCUGUUACUGUAAAGGUGUGAAUGGAUGUUUAAUUAUUUCCUAUUUUGUGUUACAAGCUUAAACUGUUUUUUGCCUAUUUUUCACAGAAGCAUUAGUUCACUGGUGAGGGUUAGAAGUGAAUCAGAAAAGCAGUCAGUGCUUAUUUUUUCUUAAUUCUAUGCCUAUUUUAACUCAUGUUCUAAUGCAUUGUUUGCUCGUGGGGUGUCUGUAUGUUGCUGAAUAUCCAUCUUGAUUUUUGUGUGACUUUGAGCCAAACUUUUCACUUUUUUUGUAAAAUUAUAAACAAUCUUGUUGCUUGAGGUUCUGUUCUGUUUUAAUAAAUACAUGUUUUAAUACAAUACCAGCCAAUAAAGACCAAAAGAAAAAGAAAAACUUCCAAAAUAUGCAAUACAUUGAAAAUAA